AUGUUAUUUUUUUGCUAUUUUAGGUUCAGUCAGAAAUUGAUCAGUGAGAAAACCAACACAAACUGGUCAAGCCACACUCUUCAUUGGUUCUUGUUGAUGCUGACCCUGCCUUGGUUCUUGAGAGUUUCUCUUAAGUUUCACCUUCCCAGGGAUGACUUGAUGCAUGGACCAGCCAGCAAUCUGCACCUUUUUCCCAUUUUAAAGCCAAAUACGACCAUCUGGAGCAUGGAGCCCCGGGUCCAACCGAAGCCUUUGACCGUUCCGGGGGUUUUCUGGGGGUUCUUCCUGCGAAGGAUCUGA